AAGUGCCCUUAAGAAAUGGAAGAAAUGAGAUUUGUCAUUUGUUUUGUGUGCAGGAACUGACAGAAGAAGGCCUUCCUUUUCUCAUACUUUUCCACAUGAAAGAUGACUUGGAGAGUUUAGAGAAAUUCCAACAAGAGGUUGCACGACAGUUAAUAAGUGAAAAAGGUACAAUAAACUUCCUCCACGCUGACUGCGAUAAAUUCAGGCACCCGCUCCUCCACAUUCAGAAGACUCCAGCAGACUGCCCCGUUAUUGCCAUUGACAGCUUCAGGCACAUGUACGUCUUUCCAGACUUCAGUGACUUGUCAGUUCCAGGUAAACUGAAGCAAUUUGUACUAGACUUGCAUUCUGGAAAAUUGCAUAGAGAGUUUCAUCAUGGCCCUGAUCCAACGGACGUAGCACCUGGACAGCCGAUUCAGGAUUUAGCAAGCAGCCCGCCAGAGAGCUCAUUCCAGAAACUGGCACCCAGUGAACAUAGGUACACCUUAUUGAGGGAAAAAGAUGAACUUUAAAAACUUGAAAUAAUCUUGCAAGCCUUUCGGACAGCAGCAUUGACUUCUGUGUGGUGGAAAUAGUAAACCUAUAUUUUCAUAAUUCUAUGUGUAUUUUUAUUUUGAAUAAACUGAAAAAUAAUUUUUUUUUUUCUCCCCAGGCUUGUAAAUACAUUUGUUUGGUGGGUCCUUCUGUACAGCUUCUUUCAAACAGUACGUUCCUAAUGCUCGAGUGAGAUAUCAGAGACCCAUCCAGACUCUUGAUCUAACUCUGUUCUGUAAAACUUUUAUAAUCCAGAUGAAGGUAUCCUUGCCAGAGACAUGCUGUUAACUUGCACUAUCCCAUUAAAUAGGACUUUUGGGUUGUUUUCUGUGUAACCAUGGUAGUAUGUGCUUUUUCUUCUUCAUGUGAACAGCUAUCCUGGUAAUCUAUUUCUUUGUCACGUUUUUCUCCAACUGAAGAGGGUCUUCUAUUCUGGAUACUUGGGAGGGGAAUAAAUUAAAGUUUUACAGAA